UCUUGCAAGUCAAGUUGCAGACUUGCACUGCAUAAUUUUUCUUGCUUUUCCUUUUGUUUCUCUUCCUCACUCUUUUGUUAGCACAAGAAGAAGAGUGAAUUCAGAAUUUUUGUCCUUUGAGCAAUAGAAGCGAAGAGAGCAACAAAAAUGGCUGCGAGUAUUGCCACCUUCUUCAUGCAAAAGCUAUCAGAGUUGAUCACUCGAGAAGCCAACUUACUUACUGGAGUGGAUGGGCAGAUCGAUUCACUUCGUAACGAGCUUGAAUGGAUACGUUCUGUUCUUAGAGAUGCAGAUGGGAAAUUCAUAGAUAAUGAAAGAGCAAAGCUGUGGGUGAAUCAAGUAAGAAUCAUCUCUUACGAAGCUGAAGAUGUCAUUGACAAAUUUAUCUUUAAAGUAGAGCAUCAAAGGCAGACAAGGAGAGGUGUUGGGUCCAUAUGUACUUGUUAUGGUAGCAUCACCACCAGCCAAUUGAAGCUCCGUCAUGACUUGGGAAAUCAGAUUGAAACUAUCAAAAAGAAGAUUGAAGAAGUUUCAGCUAACAAAUCAAGAUAUGGAAUUGAAACUUUACAACUUGGAGAAUCAAGUUCCUCGCAACAAAAUUCUUCGCGGAGGCAAAGGAGGGUCCCUAUGAUGGAGGAAGUAGUUGAUGUGGUGGGAGUUGAAGAUGAAAAAGAAAUCCUAGUGAGGCAGCUGAUCCAAGGAGAGCCAAGACUUUCCAUAAUCUCAAUUGUUGGUAUGGGUGGUUUAGGUAAGACCACUCUGGCAAAGAAAAUCUAUAAUAGCGAUGAUGUUUGUAGGCAUUUUGAUUGUCGCGCUUGGAUUACUGUGUCUCAAGAGUACAAUAUUAGAGAGCUCUUGGAGGGUCUGCUAGGUCAAUUUGUUGAAGUCAUCAGUGAAGAGCAGCAAAAGAGAUUGGCUAAGAUGAGCGACCAACAGUUUCAGAGGGAGCUCUUUGGGUAUUUAAAGGGAAGGAAAUAUUUGGUAGUAGUUGAUGAUAUUUGGCAUAAAGAUGACUGGGAUAGUUUGAAAGCUAUCUUCCCUGACCCUGAGCCAACAACAAGAAGCAGAGUGCUCCUUACCACUCGCAAUAGAGAGGUUGCACUUCAUGCAGAUAUGGAGAGCAGUCCCCAUCAAUUGCGAUUUUUAAGUGAAGAAGAAUGUUGGAUGUUGUUUUGCAAGAAAGCUUUGCCUAAGAAUGUCCCAACUGUUCUGUCUCUGUCUCCAGAAUUGGAGAAAGUAGGGAGAGAAAUUGUGGCGAAAUGUGGAGGUUUACCACUCGCUGUUGUUGUAUUGGGAGGAUUAUUGUCAAGGAAAAUCAGAACUCCAAGUGAAUGGGCCAAAGUACUGAAACGUAUGGAAGGCCAUGAUCAAAUCUCACAAAUAUUAGCUCUAAGCUACAAUGAUCUUCCCUACUAUUUGAAACCAUGCUUCCAAUGUUUAAGCGUUUUCCCCGAAGACUACGAAAUAUCUGCAAGGAAAUUAAUGCAGAUAUGGGUUGCAGAGGGACUUGUACAACAGAGGGGUUACGAAACAAUGGAGGAAGUAGCAGAAGACUAUUUAGAAGAGUUGAUGGAUCGUAGCAUGAUUCAAUUAUCAAGAAGAUCCAGUGUUGGGAUUAGAAAAUGUCGCAUGCAUGAUAUGCUACGGAAUCUCUCCAUAUUAGUAGCCAUGGAGGACAAGUUUCUUGAAGUUCGGACAAAUUUCAACUUUGAAUCCCCAGUUCAAGCACAUCGACUUAUGGUUUAUGGUGAUCUUGAGAGAGGAAAUCAAGGAGAAGAACGACGGAGGGAGAAGAAUCAAAUGGAGAAAAUAGUACAAGUGUAUGAGCUUUUCUAUACCUUGUUUUGAGGCUUGGAGCUCUACCAAAGUGGGAAUUUUCAUUUACCUUGCAUGUAAGAGAUUUUGAAAGAAUUAAGAGAGAAGAGAUAGAAGUGGGAGAAGGAGUUGGGAUGAGGAGAGUGGAAAUCUAAAUAGGGAAACAAGAAGAGCGUUGAAAUCUCAUUUAAGGUAAGAGAUAUGUUACUUUUAUUUCUAUUUGAGUUCUACAAUAUGUAUUCUCUUAAAUGGGGUUGAAAAUGAGAUUGGUGAGGAGAUGAAGAAAAGCUAGAGAAUUCUGUUUUUUCAUAAUCUUCCUGUGCACAUAUCCCAUCUUCAAGAUGAUUUUUAAGGUCUUUCCAGUGGGUUUCUAAAAUCAUAAUUUGCAAAUAAAAAUUAUAGUAUUACAAGUCUUUGAACCUAUGGACUUGGAAGUAAGUCAUUCCGACUUGUAUCAAAGAAGUAUGUUCAUUUUUCUAAGGCUACUUAAACUUGAAUUCUGUGGACGGUCUGUGCAAAUAUACCGACUUUAAGCCAAAUUAUGAGACUCUUACAGAGUGUUUCUAAGACAACUUCCUUCAUAAAAAUUGUAGGACUAUAAAAUAGCGAACUUUUAGCUUUGGAAAUAAGUGAUUUCAAGCUAUGUACAGAAAGUUAUAGUCAUUUCUUUAAAUUUACCCAAAUCUGUUUGUUCUAAACAUACCUUUUUUUUGCUAAACUUUAGGAGAGCUAAAGACUAAUUUAUAGUUCAAUUUAAGACUUGAUUAUUUUAUAUUUAAUCAUCAAUAAUCUAGAAAAAAAACCCUGUAAAAAUUCAUUUUAAAUGGAGUUCGGGAAUGAAGGCUUGUAACAUAAAAUUUAGGGUUACUCACAAUAUAUGUCUAGAAAUUUUGAACCCAUUAUAUUUUGGACUUAAGACAAAUGAAAGCAUGUUAACUAAAUAAUGGAAUGAUCCAAUAAUGGAAUUUAGUAUGGAAUAGAUAUCAACACAAAUAAAUGAGACCUUAAAUGAAAUAAGAAGGCAUGGGAUGUGUAGCUUUGUGAGAGUAAAUUACCAAAAUGCAAUGUAUAUAUAUGCUAAUGCAAAUGGCAGUAAAUUAGAGGACUUACUAAGUUACUUUUAUGAAAUCAAGUUUUUAGAUUUUUCGAUUGGGUUUCUUCUCUGCUGAUGGCAAUGCCGAAGGUGGAUUAGAGAUUCAAUGUUUUAAAUUCAUUCAUUGUAUAUAAUUUUCUCUCCUAUAUUAAUACAAUACACUUGUUGACUCUUAGCAAAAAAAAAAAAAAAAAAAUUUAUGACUUGGUGGACUGUUAUAUAUAAUGGUCAAGUAAACUUGGACAGCAAAAAACCUUAUUAAUUAUAAUGCUACCCUAUGUAGGACACCUCCAUUGUGCAAGUGCUAUCGGAAUUUUGGAUUGUUUAACGGUAAAAAAACUCAAGAUGAGUGGGACUGACCUAGUUAUCCUCCCCGGUUGUAUGAUGGAUGCCUAUAUGUAUUACUUACUAUAUUGAUAUGAUGAAUUGUCAUGAUGAUAACCUUUAAGACUAUUUGUCUAUGUAUUAUGAAAUGUCUACAUUUGAAUUGCCAAAUGGGAUGUUGUGAAUGAGACUAAUAUUAUGAGAUAAAUGAAUAUUUGUGGUGAUACAUUGCGUAUAUAAAACAAGAAAUCUAAUUGUGACUAUAUUGUGAAAUGAUGUGCAGCUAUGAGUUAUGGUUCUUUGUGUAUUGAAAAUGUGAUCAGGUUACGUACCUCACCUAACGGGGGAUAAAGGGGUGAAUGUACAAUGUAAUGUGAUAUAGUGUACCUCACCUAGUGGGGAAAGAAACAGUGAGUGUACAAUGUUGAGAUAUCGUUUGCAUAAUAUGAUUGAUCAUUGUAGGAUCACUAUUUUGUGACAAUGGUAUGCAUUACUUGAUUUUUUUUUUUUUUUUUUUUUUUGAAACAGGGUAAUUUAUUAAGAAGGGAAAGACAUCCAAAAAGGAGA